UUACAUACAUCUCGUCAAUUGCAACACCUUCUAACAACAGACAAAAAGCAAUUUUUGUAUUUUAAAUAAUAAAUCAGAAAAAUCCAUGUAAAAAUAGUCGAAUAAAAAUCAGAUUAAAAAUCGAUUAUAAUGGCACUAUUAUAAUCUGAUUUUAAAUAGAUUUUUCAGCUUUAAAAGACUAUUCCUUUUUACGUCGAUUUCAUUUUAAUCUAUUUUAAUUUGAAUACUACAACCACUAUAAUCAUCGACUAAAAACAGAUUAAAAUGAAAUCAAAAUUUUAAAAAAAUUGUAUGUUAAAGCUGAAAUAUCUGAUUAAAAUCAGAUUACAAUAGUGCCAUUAUUAUUGAUUUUUAAUUCAAUUUUUAAUCCAAAUCUUUUACAAGGAAAUUUUUGGUUUCUUGAAGGCAAUUGAAGCUUUAUCUAUGCCCUGCCCUGUCCUGCAGGAGAGGGCAGGGCAGGACGCAAUUUUUUUGUGCAUCGUUUUUUUCGCAGGGCAGAGCAGGGCAGGGCGAAAAAAAGCACCCUAUGGACAUCUCUGCUACCAGCAUCAGUACAACAACAGUCAAUUACCAAUCAAAGAAUAACCGACCAUUUAAAACAUCGAAACUGUCGUCAGUAUACCAAUGAUGUUUUUUUGUCCCUUCUGCCGACAAAGCGCACAUUAUACUGAAUUGUUUAUCGGCAGCUUGUUCAUUGUGACUUACUUUGAAAAAAAAAACAUCCGACAAUAUAAAUAACAUUGAUUAUCAGAUUUAGAAUAUUUAAAAUUCUAAGACAAGACUUUAGCAUUAAUAUGGAUAAAAUAGAUUUAAAAUUUCCACUAUAUUCAAUCAAGAAUAUUAUUUUUGAUGUUCUCGAAUGAACAGACAAUAUUAUUCAAUAAAUAGAAAAUUAUGUAUAUUUUAAAUACAGUAUAAGAUAAUUGUUGCUGAGCAACAAAUUUUAAUCUAUAUGCUAUUAUUUAAUUAUGAGCAAUAUCAUUCUACCACCUAUAAAAGUUCCUAAUUCAAUAAAUAUCUGCUGUAACCAUCAAAUAUUCGAUCUGUCUCAAAUUAAUAAUCAUCCUACUGAUCAAAAUCAAUCUUUUAACAAACAAUGUCACAAUUCAGUAUCAUAUUUUAAUAUUUAAUCAUUAAAUCAAAAAUAUUUUUUUCUUUUUCAUAUCAUAGUUUAAUAAGAGCUCUCUCUUAAUGAAUAGAUCGGUUUGGCAUCGUCUCUCUCGAAUACCAACAGAUUCAAGUUAUCGUCAUUCUUGUUAUUAUAAGGAAAUUGAUUCUCCAAAAAAUGAUCUAGAUUUUCGUUUACGAACAUGUUAUAAUCAUGCUCAAGAAACAUUUGCAUCAAAAGCACGUCUUGUUGCUCAACCACUGACUAUUUAUCCAAUACAAAAACAAGUAAAUUCUUUUCAAACAAUUGAUGAUCCUUUUAGAAUUGUUAAUGAAAAUCGUAAAGAACAUUUUAAUGAAGCAACAAAAGGUCAACAUAUUGGUUCUGAUCAUUUUGCUAAUGGUAAAAAUGGUUAUUCACGUGUUGUUGCUGGUGCUAUGUCAAUUGAUUAG